GUAGGAGACGCCGAGGAGUGCGAGGUCGUUAGUGGGGCGUUUGGCGUGAGAAGGAAACAAAGUGAAGAAUAAUUUCACAAGCAUUUAGUUCCCCUCAUCUAGUCUGCCCCUGAUGUAGAUGACCUUGGUGGCUUCUCUUCUUGAGCAUGAAGUGCAUCGUUACGGGUGGUAAUGUGAAAGCUCUGGGGAAAGCAGUGCACUCUCUAUCCCGUAUCGGAGAUGAAGUCUACAUUGAGCCUCUGCAAGAAGGGCUCUCCUUGCGUGCAGUAAAUGCAUCUCGUUCAGCGUAUGCCUGCUUCCUGUUUGCUCCACUUUUCUUCCAGCACUAUGUGCCUGUAGAAUCAAAGUCUGUUCCCGAUGCCGGCCCUGUCAGAUGUAAAGUGCUUAUGAAGUCUUUUCUGACUGUGUUCCGCUCACUCUCCUUGCUGGAGAAGACAGUGGAGAAAUGUCUCAUCUCACUGCGUUUCUGUGCCAGCAUGCUCCGUGUGCAACUGCACUGCAGAUACGGUGUUGUCAAGACUCAUGACUUGUCGUUCCAGGAGUGUGAAUCACUGCAGGCAGUUUUUGACACAGAACAGUGCACCCAUACUCUGCGUGCUCCUCCCAGGUUAUUAGUGGAUGCUGUGGUUCACUUCCCAUUGACUCUAGCUGAGGUGACAAUGGGAGCCAGCCCUGGUGGGAAAGUAAGCUUCCGUAGUUACCUGGAAGAAGAGACAGAGGCUGGCCGAACGAUGGUGACAGAACUGUGUUUGAGUGAGGAUGAGUUCCAAGUCUUCCACGUCAAGCAGGAAACACAAGUCACUUUCUGUCUUAAGGAAUUCCGGGGUCUUCUAAGUUUUGCAGAGUCUUCAAAUCUUCCCCUUAAUAUCCACUUUGAUAUCCCUGGCAGGCCAGCUAUCUUCACUUUAGAGGACCCCCUGCUAGAAGUGCAUCUGGUCUUGGCCACACUGUCAGAGCCAGAUAGUCACAGUUCCCAGAUGACUAGCUGCACACCCAAGGCUGUUGCUUCUGCUUAUGACUUCACCAGUGAUGACAUUGAUGCCUACAUGAUUGCCAUGGAAACCACAUGUGCUGGCACAGAGGGAGCGUCUCCAUCUCCCAGCCCCACCUUUCCCACGCCACAUGCCAGUUCUGACACAGAAGACUUGGAUAGUGAUCCUGAGGGGACUGUGCCAGGCACACCACCACAAAAAAAGUUCCGUUCCUUGUUCUUCGGUUCAGUGCUAAACCAGUCACAGACCCUGAUGUACCCAGGCUCUGGGCAAGAGGUGCUCGCAGAGGACAGUGAGGGAGAAUCCUGAGACAGUUCCUGCUAAUUAAGACCAGCUAGAUGCUUCAAUAUGACAACUGGCAAGAAGAGCCACCAUCUGUUGGGCUACCAAGCUGGUCCAGCCCUAUCCAGAAAAGGAUCAAGAGGAGCCCUGGAUGACUGAACCAGAGAGAUCUUUCCCUAUCACAAGCGCUCAUUUUUCAAAUGUUUCUGGGGGGAAAGAAGCCUUUUCCCUGCUGCAGAUAGAAUCAUACAACCAGAAUACAACCCAUGAUGAGCUCAGUAUUUUUUGGAAUGCUAUUCAAAAAUGGCAAUGGCUUCAAGAUGCCUUAUUGCAAUGGAUUUUUGACUAAUGUAGAGAGGCAGAGUAUGUCUCCCAAUAAAUAUAUUUGUAGAUUUUUGGCCUUCUACAAGUCAGAAGCAGCCCUUUUUCUCCUUUGCAAUUGAUCCAUCAUUAGUCAUAACGCAUGUGGAAACCGAAAGAGGAUUGCAACAGGAAGAGAAAUAUUAAGGGAGGGUUUAGAGCCACAGUACUGGCCUGAACACUAUUGUGGGAGGUGCGAAAGCACUGAACUGGGCCUUGGCCUGUCCCACUCAGCCAAAGACUCUCAGGAACAGCCCAGUGGAGAUGUGCAGAAGAAGAAGGGAACUGGUGGAAAUCAGCACAACUUUGUAUAUAAUUACUGGCACUUUUUUUUACUAUCAGAGAAGAGGGGGGGUUUCAACCCAAAAAGACCUGGGUAAUCAAAAAGGUUGAAAGAAAAAAUAUUCUACAUACAAAUGCCCAAAAGGUACCAAAAUCUUUAAUAAAAUUCCAAUAAUUAAAACUCAUUAAAACAGUAUCAUUCUGUUUCCAUAUAUGUAAGUACCUUCCCCUAGUCUAAAAAUUC